AUUUAGGGGGACAUUUUUGAGGGAGGACAGAACUCACAAAAGGAGGACUGUCCUCCCAAAAGGAGGACGGUUGGUCACCUUAACUUUUAUUCCUCAACUUCCCAUCCGAAGACACAAUCCCAAAGAUUGCUUUAAGGGUUUUGCUAUAGAUUAGCAAAACGCUUACUGGCGCAAAUUUUACCACCUAACGAUUGCCAAAAGACAGAAUAGCGGACGAAGGGAAUUGCAGCAGGUGGACACCUUCCCACGGUCCUUGUAUACACCUUUCCAACGAGGUACCAACCCCCUCCGUCCCUAAAGCAAUUUGCCUCAGGAUUGAUGGACCCUGAAAGCCCGUGCCUCCUGCUUCGCUGGGAUGCUACGCGCGGGGGGGGGGGGAGCCUCGCCUUUCCUCUCCCCGCCCUUCGCCCUGCGAGUCGUCAAUGCGAGCAGAGUGGGGAGUUAGCGAGAGAGGCCUCAAUCGCACCCCCGUUUUCCUCGGCCCGGUUCAGGGAUGGGCGGCUGAACCCUCUUCAGUGACAGAGAGAUGGCCGAGCGGGAGGGAGGAGAGGUCAGUGGCUGAAGGCGACCGUGGGGAGGAGCAGCCUUCGCCCAUCCUGAGGAAGACGGCGCUGAAGAGGAAGGCGACGAACCGCUGGAACCACCCAGCCUCUUCUGCCGCCGCCACUGCCGGCGGGGAUGUGCGGCGAGGGUCCGGGCCCUCCUGGCAGACGGAAAAGCUGAUUAACCGGGGAGGGGAAGAUGGGACGCGGGAAGAUGGCGUCUCCGGCGGGGUCGGUGGCUUCCUCCCGCAGCUGCUCUCGGAUAGGAGGCGGGAGGAGACACUGCCUGUGGCGGCGUGCUGGUCCUCUACUUUACUGGGUGCCGGUCCUCUUCAUCUGCAGCGUCCUGGCCUGGUCUUACUAUGCCUACGUCGCCCAGCUCUGUCUGGUAACAAUAUCAAAUAUUGGAGAAAAAAUGGUGUGCCUGAUUGCGUAUCAUCUAUUUUUCAUGAUGUUUUUGUGGUCUUACUGGAAAACAAUCUUUACAUUACCAAUGAAUCCUUCCAAAGAAUUCCAUCUGAGCUAUUCAGAUAAGGAAUUGAUGGAUAGAGAACCUAGAAAUGAAACCCAUCAAGAAGUGCUGAAGAGGGCAGCCAAGGACCUCCCUAUCAGUACAAGAACAAUGUCUGGAGCAAUCAGAUACUGUGAUAGAUGCCAACUUAUAAAACCAGAUCGUUGCCAUCAUUGUUCUGUCUGCGAUAAAUGUAUUUUGAAAAUGGAUCAUCACUGUCCCUGGGUGAACAACUGUGUUGGAUUCUCAAAUUACAAGUUUUUUCUUCUGUUCUUGGCUUACUCUCUAUUAUACUGCCUUUUCAUCUUUGCGACUGAGUUACAGCAUUUUAUUAGAUUCUGGACAAAUGGCCUUCCUGAUACUCAAGCGAAGUUCCAUAUUAUGUUUUUGUUCUUUGCUGCAGCUAUGUUUUCAAUUAGCUUAUCCUCUCUCUUUGGUUAUCAUUGCUGGUUGGUCAGUAAGAAUAAAUCAACUUUAGAGGCAUUCCGAGCACCUGUUUUUCGACAUGGAACAGAUAAAAAUGGGUUUAAUUUGGGCUUCAGCAAAAACUUAAGGGAAGUCUUUGGAGAUGAGAAAAAGUACUGGCUGUUGCCAAUUUUUACCAGCCUAGGAGAUGGAUGCUCUUUUCCUACCUGCCUUGUUAACCAAGAUCUUGAACAAGCUUCUACUCCUGCAGCACACAGUGGAAAUAAAAAUGAGAAUAGUCAUCAUUUUCCGGCUAAGACAUUACGUGAUUCCCAGAGCCACCUUCUUACUGAUCCUCAAUCUUGGAUAGAAACUAGUGCAGGUACUGAAAAGAACAAACUAGGUGUAAGCAAUCCUGCACUAUCUAUGGAAAAUGAAACCUAGUCUUGCAAGUAAAGAAAACAACAUUGAUUCUUAAAGUAACAGCACAGUUGAUGAAAGGAUGAAGAAUUCAUCCACUACAUCAGCAUUCAUCAGACUAGCUACUUAGUCCAGUGCUUCAUGGAUGUGCUCAGAAAAAAAAUCAAGGCCUAAUUAACUGUCUCUGCAUCAUCACUUGAAAUAUCUGUUGACACUUCUUGAAUAUCAUAAAAAUAGCAGUUUGGCUAACAUAGAAUAUGGUUACAGUGCAAAAUGGAAGUCUUGAAAAUGACAUGUUAGGAAAGUGGGAAAUCUUAACACAUACAGGACUGUUAAUCCUUUAGAGAUUAUAGGCGUGGUUUUUGAAUUGACAUUUAUAGCUCAAGUGAGCAUAAACUUUAUAUAUAAUCUAAACACGCUCUUGGAAGCAGUUCUUGAAUCUUUAAAGUCUUGCUUGUGAUUUCCUCCUGUAAACUACCUUUAUUCCUUGGACUAUAAAGCAAGUUUUGUCAGUUCAUUGAAUAGCUUGUUUGUUGAUUAGAUAUAAUGAAGAGAAGAUAUUUUGAUUGCUUCCUUCAGUUGAGUUAGCAAAACUGUUCUAAUUAUAAACUAGCCUCAGGUCGGACAAUCAUGCUCAUGCAUCUCUUUAUAUAAGGGCUAGAUUAUAAUUUCUCUUCUUUCAUAACUGAGAGACCAAAAUGAACUUCACAUUUAUUUAUAUAUGUAAAAAUAAGCGUAGUUAGAACCAUGCUUGGAGCAAGGUUAUUUGAAAUUUUGUGAUGGCGAAUUCAGUUUACUCAACCUUACUUGAAAUGAUUUUUUUAAUUCUUCAGAAUGGUCAACUGACCUCAGUUUGUAUCAAUAAGAGGUUUUGUUGUAACCCAGCAUCCUUGAAUUGCUGCAUUCCUUGCUAUUACCCUGGUAAUUUACAUAUGAAGAGUUGUAUAAUAUUACGUAAUACUCAUGUUCAUACUAUUACUAUGGUUUAGAUUAUAUUCUUAAAAUAACUGGAUCUAGCAGAGACACACUUUAAAUGAAAUUAAUUACCUGAGGCUUUUAUGAAUUUUUGUAUGAUCUGAGAAUUUAAGACUUAAGAAAUUUUGGAAGCCAAGGAACUUAACAGUUUCAUAGAACUGGAUUUAUCAGUGCCUUUGCAUGUACAGUGGAAGGUGAAAUUAAUACGUUUAAGCUAUACAUAAUACAGUAUGCUGUUUACAUAAAAUAGGUUAUAAUCAAUUUCAAAAUGGUCAAUAAACAAUUUGGUUAGGGAAGAAUGUGAGAAAAUUCUACAUUUUACUGAAAAGUAUUUAAGAAACAAGAGAAUUGUUUUCAGAAUCACUUUGGCAGUCUCGUUAGACUUCUAAACAGGCACUACACAUACUGGUAGGUCUGACUGAAUGACAGUUCCCAGCUGUAGUGGUCUCAAAUAUUUUUUUAAAAACAGUACAUUAUUUUCUGUAGCUGUAUAGAUUUUAAAUAUAUCAGAAUGGUCUUGUGGAGAAUAAAUGAGAUAGCAUGAUGUCUUUGUGAUAUUAUUACAACUGUAAUAGUGUAGGUUUGGAUUUUUCCCUGAUAUUUUAAUCUAUUUGAAAAAUCUCAGUAGGAUCUAAUCACCAAAAGUGCCAGAAUAUGACCCAUAAAAUUUGGGAUAUUUGAAAAGGUUGUGUACUUCUAGGUUAUAGUUUUACACAGCAUAUAUUAGCAUAGACAACUCAUUUUCAUAGCAUAGUGUUCUAAUUAUUUAUAUUUAGAUAUGGAAGUGAUGAGAAAAUCAGAGGAAUAAAAUGAGAAAACUACUCCUUAUACUGCUUAAUCUUCAUAUACUGUACAUUGUGAAAUAUUUUGCUGUUGGGUUGUCUUUAAAAUAUGUAAAUUGAAGGGGAAAGUUGUCAUACACUUGUUAGAUAUAACCCCUUAAAAUAUUUUUUAGUAAAAUUCAGCAUGUCUUCAUGGAAACAGAGACUGUCAGCUGUCCAAUGCCAAAAUUUUGCAGAGAAGGGAGAUUUUAACAUAUUCAGGUAAUAAGAGCCAUGUAAACUAGAGAGGAGUUUAUGGUAGAUAUGGGACUAUUUAAAAUAAUGUACCUUCUUUUGAUACAUUGGGAAUAGAAUGUAUUCAUUCAAAUUGUUUUUUCACAUUACAACCUUCACUAUUUUGCUCUGGAAGUAAAUUCUGUUGAUUUUUACAAGCAGAUUUCCAAUAUAAGGUUUGAGAUUGGAGUAAGGAAACAAUAGUAGUAGGACAGCAGUGACAAUAAGGAAAGAAAAGAGGUAUCUCUGCUACGUGGAAUUCUAGUCAGUCCUGUUCAAAUUCCCGUUGUAACUGGGAAAAAGAAUUCUGUGCAUUAUCUGCUAUACAUCUGCAUUUGGGAAACCACAACUUUGAUAAACUGAAAACUAGGGUUCCUGCCUGAUUAAAGACAAUUAAUUGUAAUCAA